UAUUCAAUCGUUUUGGUUCCUUUGUAUAUUAAUUCUGCAUGUACCUACAAACGUGAAGAAUUUGGUUUUUUUGUGUGUUGUUCUUGUUUAACAGUUUUUUUUUUCUUGUCUUCAUCACCAGCUCCGAUGUUUUAGUGUUUGUGUUAUUAAUAUCUCUUUCGUUAUGGUUUCUUGUUGAUCGAACAGCACUUCCAGAAACUGAAAGUAAACGGCACAUGGAAAGCUUAAAAACACCUUUUAAGGGUGUUAUAAAGGAUCUUCAAGGAAGAGCUUUGUUUUAUAAAGAUGAUUGGACAACUGGUCUCUACUCAGGAACUAGAAUAUUGGCCCCAACUACCUAUAUUUUCUUUGCUUCUGCUCUUCCGGUUAUUGCUUUUGGCGAGCAGCUAAGUAGAGAUACAGAUGGAAGCUUGAGCACUGUAGAAACGCUGGCUUCUACAGCUAUUUGUGGAAUCAUACACUCAAUUUUGGGUGGCCAACCUCUCUUAAUUGUAGGAGUUGCUGAGCCCACUAUCAUUAUGUACACCUAUUUGUACAACUUCGCCAAAGAUAAGGGUUCCUUGGGACGAGAACUCUUUUUAGCUUGGGCAGGAUGGGUUUGUGUAUGGACUGCUCUCUUGUUGUUUCUUCUAGCAAUAUUCAAUGCUGGAAAUAUCAUCAACAGAUUUACAAGGAUCGCGGGUGAGCUUUUUGGCAUGUUGAUCACAGUCUUGUUCAUUCAAGAGGCUAUAAAGGGAAUUGUAAGUGAGUUUAAUGUUCCUAAAGAGGGAGACCCAACAUCGAAAAAGUACCAUUUUGAUUGGCUGUAUGCAAAUGGGUUGAUGGGAAUUAUAUUCUCCUUUGGCCUUCUCUAUACGUCUUUAAAGAGUAGAAGAGCAAGAUCAUGGUUAUAUGGCACAGGGUGGUUUAGAAGUUUCGUUGCAGACUAUGGAGUACCUUUCAUGGUGGUGGUGUGGACAGCACUAUCAUUCAUAGUACCAAGUAAAGUGCCUUCUGGAGUUCCCAGAAGGCUCACCUCUCCUCUUGUUUGGGAGUCUACAUCUUUACAUCAUUGGACAGUAAUCAAAGAUAUGGGGAAGGUUUCUCCGUCAUAUAUUUUUGCUGCUUUUAUUCCCGCUAUAAUGAUAGCAGGGCUUUACUUCUUUGACCAUAGUGUUGCUUCCCAAAUGUCACAACAGAAGGAAUUCAAUCUCAAGAAACCUUCUGCAUACCACUAUGACAUAUUGUUGCUAGGACUAACGACUUUGCUUUGUGGAUUAAUUGGCUUACCUCCUUCAAAUGGAGUUCUUCCUCAAUCUCCAAUGCACACCAAGAGCCUGGCUGUUCUCAAGAAACAGAUGAUACGAAGAAAGAUGGUUAAAAGUGCCAAGGAAAGCAUAAAUCUUAAAGCUAGCAAUUCUGAAAUUUAUGGAAAGAUGCAAGCAGUGUUUAUAGAAAUGGAUAACUGUCCAGAUAAUCAUUUAGUGGUCAAAGAACUAGAGGAUUUGAAAGAGGUUGUCUUAAACGGUGAAGACAAAGGACAUGACAACAAGAGUAACUUUGAUCCUGAAAAACACAUUGAUGCAUAUUUGCCUGUCAGAGUAAAGGAGCAGAGAGUGAGCAAUCUCUUACAAUCAAUCUUUGUUGGAGCAUCAGUCUUUGGCAUGGCUGUCAUAAAAAAGAUACCAACUUCAGUUCUGUGGGGAUAUUUUGCGUACAUGGCCAUUGAUAGUCUUCCAGGAAAUCAAUUUUGGGAAAGGAUCUUACUCCUUUUUGUAACACCCAGUAGGUGGCACAAGUUGUUGAAGGGGGAUCAUGCUUCCUAUGUCGAGACAGUACCUUACAGAUACAUAGUAUUGUUCACACUCUUCCAAUGUGUGUAUUUCUUGGUUUGUUUUGGAGUGACAUGGAUUCCCAUAGCUGGAAUACUGUUCCCUUUGCCUUUCUUUUUCCUGAUCACAUUGAGGCAGCAUAUACUCCCCAAGCUGUUCAAGCCUCACCAUCUUAGGGAACUGGAUGCAGCUGAAUACGAAGAAAUAGUUGCUGCUCCAGGACUAACUUUCAAUAGGUCUUCCAGGGAGGUAGAAUCACCCAGAGUUGGAUCAGUGGAAAUAGUUAAUGCUGAAAUAUUAGAUGAGUUAACUACAAAUAGAGGGGAGUUGAAGGUUAGAAAUGUCAGCUUUAGUGAGGAAAGAAAUCGCCAGGAUUUACAGGUGCACCCUGAUGAAACAGGAUCUCCAGACCCAACUUGUUAGGGACGAAAGGUGAUGAAUUGAAUCCUACAUGAUAAGUGCAUCUGACAUUCAUGCACGUCUACUCUACAAGAAAAACAGACUGUGAUACCAAUGUAUUGAUUAAGAUGAAGUUUUAGAAUCUAGAAAUUUUGAAGCUGCCUCUAGUAGGAGGCUAAGCAUUCAUAGUCCAAUAACUCUCUAUUUUAGCACUUAAUUUUUAGUCUUUUUCCUCUAGUUGCUUA